GUAGCUUUGUGCGGCUAUUGCGGCUACUGCGGUUAGUUUCGUUUAUCUUGUAUGUGUGAAUUUCGAUUACAAAUCUACCGCCUUUUGAACUUCAGCUUCCUAUGAAGUCCUUGUCCAGUCGCCGGGGAGUCUAGGGUAGCCACUACGAUGACUGGUCCUUGAAUCAACACUUACGUUCUCCCCAAGAUAGCGUGUGUCGCGCGGCCUUGUUUCUAGUGUGACCUGCCUUCGCCAGCGAGAUCGCCUUCCUUGUUCACAAACUGUGUAAAUAGCGCGUCUCGAUAAGUGUGACUCUCUUGGCGCUUGCUUGCGGUAUCGUCAAAAUAUAUAUAAAAAAAGCGCAGGGGCGCACUCGCUGCAGAGCGAUCACUGUUUGUGUGCAUCGUGCAAACGAACAGACAGUGUGAGGCUGCAGUCCUCGAUUGACCGAACGCGCCAAGCGGCGAAUCAGCUGGCCGAGCGCCGGAAAGAAAAAUCGUAAUAUGACGACAUGAAGGGGAAGUCGGCCGCAAUUCAGACGUCGGACCGCGAAAGGCGACGUGCGACGGCGAGUCGUGUGCGACGCGGAAAAAGCUAUUCAUUUGAUACCAGCUGCAGCUGCGCCCUGUCGUUGGGCGCACAUUCUACUACGGCUGCGCUAGGUGCUUGCAAGCUAGUAUGGCAUCGAACGAGACCGACCAGUGGGACGCCUUUUUUUGCACGAACAAGCCGCCGGCAGAUUACGACGAGCAGAAACGGCGUAUCGAUGAGUUCUGUUCCGCGUUUGCGGACACCGACGAGCGCGUUGUGCUGAUCACGUCUGGAGGAACAACUGUACCCCUUGAACACAACACGGUGCGAUUUGUUGACAAUUUUAGCGCAGGAACCAGAGGCUCUGCAUCAGCCGAGUACUUUCUGGAUCAAGGUUAUGCUGUGCUAUUUCUGUUCCGAUCAACGAGCCUGCAACCAUUUGUUAGACGGUUCAAGCCUGGUGAACUGCUCAGCUACCUCCAGUUUGCACCUGGUGAUAACAAUUGCAUUCAAGUGCGUGCAGAUGCAACUUCCAAGGUGCGACCUGUGCUUGAGGGUUACCAGCGGGCCACAGCGGAGGGCAGUGGCAGGCGCCUCCUGCAGGUGUGCUUCACCACGCUGACUGACUACCUGUUCUUGUUAAAGGCGUGUGCUGUUGCCCUGAGACCUUUGGGAGCCCGUGCUCUGCUGUACCUGGCUGCUGCUGUGUCGGACUUCUACGUGCCCCCAGAAAACAUGCCUGAGCACAAGAUCCAUUCGGAUGCUGGCCCGCUACAGCUGCGACUACAUCUGGUUCCCAAGAUGCUCAAGCCACUCAUCUGCUGUUGGAAUCCUGUAGCCUACGUCGUCUCUUUUAAGCUGGAAACGGAUGACAACAUUCUGCUGGACAAAGCAAGGAGGGCUUUGGCUAACUACAAGCACAAGCUUGUGAUUGGCAACGAACUGCACAGCCGCAAGCACAGGGUUGUCUUCGUGACCAGUGAGGAUCAUGAGGUCAUUAACCUGAGCCCUCAGCAAGUGGCAGCUGGUAUAGAAAUUGAGCAGAUCAUUGUGGAGAAGCUCCUGCAACAUCACAUGGGACACAUCCACAAAAGCUCGGCGAGACGAUCCAGCACCGACCUCACCGUGAGCACGAAUGGAGCAAGCAUUAGUCACAGCAGCACAGAACCAUAGUGAUUGCCAUCACAGACAGCUCAGCGAGAAACUUUUCACCACUUCUGCAUUUUAUUAUGCCGUGUUGCAGAAAGAAAGGUUGUGUUCCGUAGUUACCAUAUAUGUGCACAUAGUAUACAGGACAUUUGAUCCAUACCCUGGUUGGUAUGCCCAUUUUGUAUUAUUGCAUGCUACCUGCAUAAGUUCUGCUAUGAUCUGCCUAACCAAGAAAAACAGUGCCUACCAUAAUUUACUGUAUUUUCUUGCAUGUAUGCGCUAAAGCAGGCCGUUUCCACAAAGUAAACAUUGCGUGCUAUGGUUUGUGUCAUAAUAUGUUAUAACGAGUUAGCAAGAAAUGAUUCGCAUAGUAGAAACAAACAACAUUUUUUGCUGCUUAGCAUUUGUUAGACAAUGCCCAUUUUGUCCGACUGCAUUUUCCCCUGAAGCUAGUGGCAUCUGUGUCACGUUCAGCAUGUUUUGUAAUUCACAUUUGGUUAAUAGUUUAUGCUAAAAGUUAUUGACAGUCUUUGCCAAUGAAUUUAAUGCACAUGUACGUAGUUUUGUAACAUUGAACUCAUCCAUUUCAUACAGACAUUGCUUAGCACCAUCUCUCCUUUUUAUGCAAAAAAGUGAUAAUGUACCUCUAUGAUGAUAUUAUGUGCCACGAUUUAGUUUAGAAUGACGAACAAUUCCACAAUAGGGUUUUCUCCCACUUUGUUAAUAGUAGCGGCUCGAUUUACAUAGCGAAAAACUAUUACAUAUGUCCUAGCCGGGUGCUUUUCACAGCCCAUAGUGAAAGUAUAGAAAAAUGUUGCAGUAGCUGCUGACUGCUUUCUUUUCUCAAUUUUCAUUGUGCACCAUGCACAUCACGUUCAACACAUGUCGAAUAAAAGAUAGUUGCUUUUGCUAA